CUUGACGCGACGAACACUCUUCUUCCACCUUCACGGACUGGUUAUCCGGUCGGGCCCUCUCUAGACUCCUUAGACUCCUCCUCGCCGCCGAAAAUGUCUGCCGUCACUGGAAAGUGGGACGCAAGAUUCCAGGGCCCCGUCCCCCACGACCUUUCGUACUACAGCAAGUGCAUGCUCGGUGGUGCCCUCGCCUGUGGCACUACUCACGCCGGUAUCACCCCGCUCGAUGUCGCCAAGUGCAACAUGCAGGUCAACCCGACCAAGUACACGGGCCUCGGUUCCGCCCUCUCCACCAUCUCUAAGGAGGCCGGCGGUGGGCUCUGGAAGGGCUUUGGCCCGACCUUCGUCGGCUACUCCCUUCAGGGCAUGUUCAAGUACGGCCUCUACGAGGUCUUCAAGGAUGCGUACAUGAACCUGGCUGGCGAGGAGCUCUCCAACAAGUACAAGCCCGCCAUCUGGCUUGCUGGCUCGGCCACCGCUGAAGUCUUCGCCGACGUCGCGCUGUGCCCGCUGGAGAUGACCAAGGUCAAGAUCCAGACCAGCCCCAACGGCACUUUCCCCGUCGCCUUCGGUGCUGCGCUCAAGCAGAUGAGCGCCACCAAGGCGGAGACCCGCUACCCCUUCGGCUCGCUCGUCCCCCUCUGGUCGCGCCAGAUUCCCUACACCAUGGCCAAGUUCUUCUUCUUCGAGAAGAUCGUCCAGCUGUUCUACACUCACGUCUUCACCGCGCCCAAGGAGACGUACAGCAAGACGACGCAGCUCGGUGUCACCUUCGCCUCCGGCUACCUCGCCGGUGUCGUCUGCGCCGUCGUCUCCCACCCCGCCGACUCUCUCGUCUCGCUCCUCGGUAAGGCGGAGAACAAGGGCAAGUCCGCUGGCCAGAUUGUCUCCGAGGUUGGCUUCAGCACCCUCGCCACGAAGGGUCUCGGCACGCGUGUCAUCAUGAUUGGUACCCUCACGGGCUUCCAGUGGUGGAUCUACGACACCUUCAAGUCGACCAUGGGCUUGGGCACGACGGGUGGCAAGUAGACGGCGUAGGAUACCUUAUUCAUGACCUUUAUACAUAUUCUGCUGUAGCAUGUUACUUGCAGAGUGAGUGCUCUCUAGAACGCACUAAUAGGGGAUUUCCGCACAUACCCAUGUUGUCUUGCGCCGCGUACGUUCGUUCUCUAUCGCAACGUAUAUUCCGUAA